UACUGAUAUUUUGUUUGAUAGGCAUGCCGGGGUACUCAUGCAACUGGGGGGAAGAGUUCAAGUAACAAAUUAGCCAAGCAAGCUGCAUUGGCAUUUGUUAAACAUACAUUAGAAAGAUGUCAUCAAUAUGAGGAUGAAGGCAACAGCUGCUUCAAUGAUCCUGUAUUCAGGGAUAUGUUUAUUUCUGGAUGUGCACAUCCAGCAGAUACUCCUACAGAUAAUGAAUCUACAAAACCAUAUGCCAAAAACUCUAGCCGUAAUUUGAACAGCCGAGUUUCAGCUUCCAUGGGUUCACAGCCAAGUCCUCUGACAUCACGAAUAGGCCAGAAUGGGGACAGCUAUGCAAAUUCAUCUGAUCUGCUUCCGUCUCUAAAUUGCUUGUCUGAACGGUCUAUAGAUAAGGAAGACAUAUGGUCAAACAGGGUAAAAAAGAGGGAGUUGCUACUUGAUGAUGUUGGUGGCAUUGCUGGUACUUCUGCAAGUACCUCGGCAGGCAUUGGAAAUUCCCUAUCAAGCAGUACAAAGGGAAAGAGGAGUGAGAGGGACAGAGAGGGAAAAGGACAUGGUAGAGAGGUAUUACCUAGAAAUGGGAAUAAGAUUGGUCGACCAGCAAUCUCCAAUGCUAAGGGAGAAAGGAAAUCUAAAACAAAGCCCAAGCAGAAGACAACUCAGCUGUCUGUCUCUGUAAAUGGCCUUCUUGGCAAAAUGUCAGAUCAACCAAAAUCAUCAUUAUCCAAGUCAAGUGAAAUUAUCAAUAGUAAUGCCAAAGAGAAAAAUGAGUUCAGCUUGGAUGUAUUGGAUGAUUCUGAAGCUAUUGAUUUAUCUGGCCUGCAAAUACCUGAAAUGGAUUGCCUAGGUGGUACCGAUGACUUAGGUAGUCAAGCGCAGGAUCUAAGUACAUGGUUGAACAUUGACGAGGAUGGGUUACAAGACCAUGAUUUUAUGGGCCUUGAAAUUCCAAUGGAUGAUCUUUCAGACUUAAACAUGAUGGUUUGAAGUUGCUUUCUCUGUACAGUCUUGUUCAUUAUACUGUUUGACAAACAUAAAUGCUGUUGUCAAGAAACGACCAGUUACAAGGAUGAUGAUGUGGCCGUCUGCACCACAUAGGUUAUAUAGAUUCUUUUGUAGACUCCUUCAAAAGUUGAUUUUAAAGUUAAACUUUCGGAUGUUUUAGAUUUUCUCCUGUAUUAAGUUGGUCAAUUUGACUGUAAAGAUCGUUUGUCUGAGGUACAAGAAUGUCUUACAGUUACAGAUAUAUAUUUUUAGCAAAGAUUGUAUCCUGGCUGUAGUUUUACAAUUCAGAGAACCAUGCCUCUUGUACAUAUGAUUAAAAUUCCUAAUAAAAUAAUCUUUUUGUUCAGUA